UAAAAAGAUGUGUCAGACAGCAGACAGAAUCACUUCACUGUAGCUGACUGGAAGGGGCUCUGGUUUUUCCAGCCUUAGAACACUAAAAGCUUCUGUCAAAGAGCUGGUGAUAUACAUAAUUCUGUCAGGAGAGCUGGUAUGUGAAUUGUUAAAAGGGUGAGGUGGUACUCUUUGUGAACAAUCCUUGAGAUCUUUAAGUCAAAAUAGCACUUUUGUACUCUUCAGAAGAAAACUUUUACCACCGUUAAUUUAUAUUACUAUGUUAUAACAGGAUUAUACUGCAUAAAAAAAACUUAACUCGUCAACGUAAUUACAACAGAACUCUUGAACUUGAAAGAACAUUUAGCUGUGCGAUUGGAUUUUGGAACUUUCUGGAUUAAGAGCAAACUCUACAGGCACUCAUCUUUGGAUCGCCUUUCAAACAACUGGAUCCUUCACUGUGAAAAAUCCAGAUUCUUUCAUUUUGAGCCGAAUGCUACUAUCUACGCACUAAGCUGCCUUGCAUGUCUAAAACUAUAAAAUACUACUCUUUUCAGGUUAAAAAAACAGAAUUCAUCCAACGAAGAGGAAAUGACAGCAGAAAAUCAGCAGUCCCCUUCUAGAGCUUCAGCUGCAGGUUCUAAUCUCCAUCAGGCUAACAACCUUACCAACCCAGUGGUAAAGAUGGAAAAAGAUUCAGCACCAAAAGGGGCAGCAUUAGCCACCCAUACUGAGGAAGAGGAAGAAAUGCCUAAGGGUAGGAGACGGAAAAGACCAUUACAGAAGGGAAAGCCACCAUACAGCUACAUUGCUCUAAUUGCAAUGUCUAUUGCUAAUUCUCCAGAGAGAAAACUUACUUUGGGGGGAAUCUAUAAGUUUAUCAUGGAAAGAUUCCCUUUCUAUAGAGAUAAUUCAAAGAAGUGGCAAAAUUCGAUCAGACAUAACCUUACACUCAAUGAUUGUUUUAUUAAAAUUCCACGAGAACCUGGGCGCCCUGGAAAAGGUAACUACUGGGCCUUAGAUCCCAAUGCAGAGGACAUGUUUGAUAGUGGCAGCUUUUUAAGAAGAAGAAAAAGGUUCAAAAGGUCUGAUAUUAGCACAUACCCAGCUUAUAUUCAUGAUUCAAAUAUGUUUCCAUCGGUGCAGGUCCCUCGAUCUGCUUAUACUAAUUCAAUGUACUCUAAUAUGACAGUUAGCCCAAGUUACAGCCAACAACUUGCCACCCAUUCUUCUGUUUACUAUCCAUCAUCACCACCAAGCUUUAGCCCAAAUCAGUCAAGAAUGUUCAAUAUAAAUACAUUAAUAGGGCAUAAUGGCCUAACCAGUGGCACCGAACUCAUGCAACAGCCAAACAGGUCUCUGAGUCCGGAACUGACAUCGGCUACAGGCUCCUGCACUUUUGCAGGACCAAGCUACCAGAACCAGGCUUGUGGAGGAGCAGUGCUUCAAAGGUCAGCAAAUCCUAUGAGUUAUUCCUAUUCAGUUCCUAAUGGGCACCUAAGUAUGAACCAAGGAACUUAUACACAAAGUAACAACCAGUUUUAUGGCACAUCUGGCCGUUUGACCAUGUCUGCUUCUCCUACAAUGAGCAGUGAAGCUAUAGACUUUUAUGGCAGAAUGUCUCCCGGUCAGUACCCUGCACUGGCAAGUUAUAACGGAAGCGGACAGAUUAACAGUACCAACACAUACUUAAGACACACAGCAUAUUCCAGUAGCAUGGACAGAUUUGUACCUGCCAUUUAAAGAGUGUGAGAAUAUUCUAGAUACUCAGUGUGCAGCAUCAUACUGGAAGUAUUUGUUUCUGCCAUUAUUUUCAGAGUCCUGUACUUAGGUGAUAGGAAGACUUACAAAAGCAGUGAAAUAUAAGUUAUUAAAUGUGAAAACACAUUGUCAGCAUUUUGAAAACAACUUUUUGCACAUCAGACUUCAAAGUGGCAAAGGCUAUAAUUACUCAUUAAAUAUGCAAAAAAUGAUUGUUAUAAAUAGUGUCAACAACUUUGGUUGAUGUGGUUCCUGGGCAGCACUAAGGUAAUGUGAAACUUAUGUCAUUAUGUUAUAAUUGUAUUAACAGAGAUGUCACUCAGAAUGUCUGUUAGAAUGCAGCAUCUAUCUUGCCAUUAGCAAAUAAUGCAAUGAUAUUCUAUUCCAUUUCUGUGAGGUUUUGGCAAACCACCACACUAAGAAAAUAUAACAGUUGUGAAGUUUUUUUACUGCAUUUUAGCUUGUGAAAUAUGAAAACAAGAAUCAAAAAUCUAAUUCUGUUAUAAACUAUGAAGUUUUAAUUGGUCUAGUUUCCACAAGCAAAAUGAAAUGCAUAUAACUGCAUGCAAAUGUACAUGCAAGUGUAGCCCAUCAAAAAUAAUAUUUGCAGUCUGUAUCUGGGUAAUUGCAUAGCUGUGACACUUUCAAAAUAAUAAAGAAUUGUACAUUUUAGCUAUGCUUGUAUUGCAUGGAUUUUGCAAAUAACAGCAUUUUACAGUUACAUAUUUCAUAUUUUAUUUGCCAAGUAACAAGACCGGGGUCUCUAUAAGAGAGAAAAAAAAAAGAAAAUAGAUUAGGUGACUUGUUUAUUCUCUUUUUAAGUUUUUUGGAAAGACAGUUCAUUUUUUUAAUGAACAAGUAAAUAAGCCCUGUUUAUAUAUGAAAGAAUAAGUGAUAUAUGUACCUUUCAGAAAGUUGAAGACAAACAUUUGUUCUUGGGAUUAGCAGUUCUAUUUCUCCUUUUCAGUCUGUCUUAUGCAAACACCUGCACUGGCACCAGGGUCUUUCAUAGUGCUUACUGCUUCGUAUCCCAGAAGCUAAGAAUAAAAGCAGCACAUCUGGUUUUACUAAGUUCAUGCACAGCACCUUCAGCACCUGGCAUUCUUCUCUACAUUGUAUUCAAACUUUCUGAUUAAGACUAUCAGCAGUGAUGGAUGCCUCAACAGCAGCUAUGAUUUUAGUACUGAGCAACCAUCAAUUUAUAUGACUGCUGUGUGAAAGAAACUGUAUUUGUUUUUCAUUUCAUUCAACUACCUUUAAUGUGUGGAAAUAGUAAUUAAGAAUAAAAAGAAAAGAAUACUUUGGCAGCUUUAGCUCCAGACUACUCCUUUUCUGACUAAAAAUGUACAGGCAGAAAAGAGAUAACAGGAAUAUGGCCUGCUAGGCCAAGGCAACUAAUUCACUGAAAGAACAGAUUUUUACUUAGAAAUCAGAGGGCUAUAUGCAAUGUCUUUAUAAUGCAAACUACCAUAUUCUUGCUGUUUUAUAUGUACUUUCUGCUAGGUCUUUUAUUUCAUAGUGCAACAUUUUUAGAUGCUGUUAUGUAACAGCUCUAUACUGUAACUAAUGAGUCUUAUAUUACUGUCACAUAAAAUAACCACAUCUGCUUACUUAUGCCAAUGCUUUCCACGACUA